AUGGUGUCCGAGUAUUCGUGGCCCGUUUCAAAAACUUUGGAGGAAUUACUCUCAUGUGAGAGGUUUGAUAAGUCCGCCAUUAUACAGAGAGAUUUAAGUUUAUCUCAAGCGUUCUGUUUGUUGUGGCAAAAUGACAAAACGGGAGAUGUUGCUGGAAGGCAAAGACCGACCGCCAUGUCACACACCGCCUGUGCUGCUGUUCUGUUGGAUUUGCAUGUGCUGGAAAAGGUUGAUUUCGAGAAGGAAAUCAAACAGUGGAUGGACAGAAGAAGACAAGUUAUUUCCGUACAAGUGGGUCGUAAAGUCAUUAAAUCCACUUAUACUCCAACUUUAUUACUAACGGAGAAUCAGGCUACUUAAGGAAAUUUAUAAGCUUAUUAAGGCUUAGCUAAAUUUUUUAACAAGCCGUCGAAACACAACACGUAUUCCUUUGGAACGACUCAGCCGUUCUUUUCGCCUGAUUUGACCAGGAAUUUUUACUUUGGAGCAGCUUUUAUUCAGACCGAAUUUUGGCUUUCGUAGUUUACUUAGGGGCUAUUUACGUGAUAUCAGAAUUUGUAGUCUUGCAUUUCAAUUGGAACAAGCCCAUUUCUUCUCCGGAUGUUUUUCUCUUCCUGUUUAAAAGAUGAACGUCCUGCCGGAGCGGGUUUAAUUAUGUCUUCAUUCCGAAGAAUGCUUAACAUGGUAAGCUGGUCGUCUUUCUUGACAAACUUCAUUCGCGAUCUUGAGCAAAACUCAUUUUGGAAUGAAAGUCAUCCCAAUAUCACUGAUGAAGGUUCAAUCUCCAGCCAUGGGUGUCUUAAUUUUGGAAGAAUCAUGGCUGCAUCAAGACACCCAUGGCUAGAAACUGAGCCUAAAUAUCAUGUGAAUAGCCGGCCCCUUUAUUUAACUAUAAAGAAAAUUUACUGUCUGGAUCAUUCUCUAAAAGGCAAAAUUUAUUAUGCAAGAAACUUUUUUUGAUGUAUGAAAGAUGGUAAAAAGUUAAAAAAGGUUGAAAAAGGUCCAGAAAAACAGGAUAUCUCCAUCAGGACCAGUGUAUGUGUUUGUAAUACAGAGCAAGAGUCUUUGGCUCAAUCUUGAAAUCUUGGAAGCAUUUGUGAUGGGUCUCAAAGUCUCAGUGUUGGGUGAUUUUCAACUGGGAGGCUCAAAUUUUUGAAGUCUCGGUCUCGAAUUUUGAAAUCUCGCAGUUUCGCAAAGUCUUAAAUUUACCAUUCUUUUCCCCUUUUGUUUUAUUUUACUCAUGAGUUUUACAGGUUGUUACACGGAGGAUGAGCCCAAAAGGCAGCCAUUUUAUGUGGUGGGCAUUAUGUAUAUGUUCUGAGAAGUUUUUACAUCAUAUUUUGAAAUUUUAAAAUUUUCUGCUUAAAACUGUUCAGUGUCUGAACCAACAGGUAACUUUUAUCAACAUGGGGUUGACCCAAUGUCUGGUUAAGUGACCUUGAAAAGUUUGGCAUCUGUUUAUAAUAAGCUCAUAAUUUUGCUUUGUUCAGUAUGAAAACAAUGAGAGUCAUAAAGUCAAUACAAAUAUAUCAUAUGCACAGGUUAAAGAUGCCACAAUGACGAGUUCGUACUUGGACAAAGCACUUUUUUCAGACAUUGUCAAAUACCAUAAUAAUAGUAUGGGACGGAAAAAAACAACUGUUGAAUGGAUUAUUCAAGGAUCUCAUGAAAGAGAAAACUCAGCAACUGCAGUCUUGGACAGCCUAGUGCGGCGGGGGAUCCUUGGUAGGGAAUCAAUGCUUUUUGGAAGGAAAUAUCCAACACUUAAUUCUGGUAGGCAAAGUUUUGUUUGUAAUGAAUUUGCUGUCUCCUUUUUUGUUAUGCAUAUUGAAUUUUACCUUCCCCCAACUUCCCCAGGCAUAUCCGGGGACAAGAAAAGCUUUUUCUGACCUGAGGGCCGGAAAUGCCUUAAAAAACUUCUUGGAGUUCUUGUGUACAGUCAAUCCAUCUUAGUUGAAAGCUGUUUGCAUGUCACUGCAUCAAUAACUCUGCAUUGAAAGCCUCCAAAUGUCAGUUUUAUAAAAAUACUUUCAAAACUAGUGCUGCCUAAUAGAGGUAGCCUGAGAAAACAGCUGACAUUUUGCAAUGCCACAACUGCUUUCCCUGCAAAAUGACAUCUGAGAAACGUGUGCAGAAUUCCUUUACUGACGAUGUGUUACUUCAAAGAUCUGAGUAGUGGUAUGUCAUCAGUAUGGAAUUUCAGACAUCAUUUUGUGAGAAAACCAGUGGUGGCAUCGCGUAAUGUUGGCUGUAUUCUCAUGCUAAAUAGAGGUGUUCUGAAGGGAUGUUGCAUGUAAUAUGGUAAAAUCUAAUAUUUAGAAUCCAGACAUUGUGUGGAUCUAGUGAUGGUGAUGUAGAAAUUAGGUAGAAAAAACAUAUCUGGUGUGAAGUGUUGAUAUGUGUUCAACCAAUUUGAUUGAUCCAUUAGUCAUUACAUUUCAAAAGAAGUCUAUAAUGAACUGCAAAAAAGUCAUAUUCAAAGGAAAACAGGUUUUAACAUUAAUUGGUCUUGGGGUUCACUGUGUGUAUACCUGUAGGAGACAGUUUUCAUUGGGUUCCCUGUAAUGUUAGCUCAUCAUCAUGAAAAAAAUAGUCUGAACAUGCUCUGUGGUUGACAAUCAUGUUGGAUGUACACGGUAUAAUCUAAGUGAUCUUGGAUCACUGAUCCUGAUCAUGAUCAUCCCAAUGGAACAUACCCAUUACUAAUUAGAUAGGUAUGUUUACAUGUGUCCAACACAGUGGAUGUUUGUUUAAUGUUGUUUGAAUAUGAAAGUGGAUCAUGUUUCGUUGAUCAUCAUGUCAACACAUCACGCUGCUAUCCUACCAGGUGACUGUGUUAAUAAAGGUGUAAUAUAGUUUAGUAUUAGCUAAUAGUUAGUGGGAAUAAUUCUAGAGGGUCAGGGGUUUUGUUUGAGGCCAGACGCUGGACAGAACAUCAGGUUGUUUGACAUGUAAUGUCUGGUAGUUCAAUAAUAAUUGCCAAAUUAAUUAUAUUUUCAUUUUUUGUGGUAAUUUUUAAUGCCUUAAGAAUCUUAAGGGUUAACCAAUUCUGGUCUCCAGGGAACUCAGAAAAUUGUGUUUCAGAGAGUCCAAUUUUAAAACUUUUCUGGGGAAACAUGCCCCCCACCCCAGAAGUUUGUGCCUGUGAGUCCACCAGCUGAAUCUCUGCAUCUGGAGCUUCCAAAGGGUGACUGUGUGAACUUAAUAGAUGUGAUCCCUAAAUGAAGGAUAAAUUUAUAGUAAGCAUGGGCGACCAAUUUUAGGAAUUUGAAAAUGGUGGCUUAAUGGUGGUUUGUCUGUUUGAAUAUGUAUUGUUGGUCAUUAUAGGCGGUAAUGUACUGAUGGUGGGUACAGUUUUAUGAGGUCAAAUUAUUUUCAAUCUUUCAAUUGUAGAGGCGGUAAAUUUAAAUUUAUAAUAAUUGUACAGUUUCUUUGAUUUUUGGUUUAAUAUUAUCCAGAUCCUGAAAAAAAGCUCAUAGAUGAAAUAAGAGAGGUUGUUCUCAAAAAUCAACCUGCAGAUUCCUUUACUUGGACUCUUCUCAAGCUGGUAUAUGAAGCAGACUGUUGUUCCAGUAAGAAAGCACGUGUCCUUAGCAGAUAUUUUUCAGCUGACGAAUUUCAAGGGGCACAAGAAGUAAUCAAGGCUCUUGUUACUGUACCUGUUGAGGACAGCUUGAUUGCAAGUCCUGAUGCAGAAAGUCUUGAGUCAUUUGAACUUAAAGUAGUCGAAUAG